GUCACGUCUUGGCGUGCCCUUCUUCCUCACCGUUCCGAGUCGUUCACGUAGCCAGGCUUUGCGCGUAUCUCACUCUCCAUCAUGCCUGCAAAUACAAGUCGUGUCGAUAGUGCUGAUCCUUCAGCAGCUAAAACCGAUCUACAAGGACUUGAACUGGCGGAACAUCACUUUGGUCCCUUACUCCACCCAACUCGCGCCACACAGAGCGCAUGGACCGAUUAUUCUAUCAAUCGCCUCCGAGCCAAUCGAAAGUACCAUACAGUUGUCCCGGUGUCACGCAAGGGCUCUGAGGAUGGUUCAGAAGAAGAUUCUGAGGAGAAUGAAUACGACGAGUACUCCGAUGACGCUUGGCUUUUCGAUGGCAUCAAAGUUUGUGUUUCUCAGAUUGAGGAGGAAAUGGACUUUGAGAACGGCACACUCCAAAAAUGUAUCACCAUUUUAUGGAACGAAACGGUGCUCGAUGAUGAGGAACCGCGCUCCACUGACCAUAUAGUCAAGAUUUACUCACCCACUGCACCAAUGUACAUUGAUGUGCAUUUUAAUUACUACUGCCGCCCGCGUUGGUCAGAGGUCGAGUGGUUCUACUCUCUCGGGUACAAGAUCCAACGCCGCCCAUCUGCGAUGGCAGGCAAUGCACUUGCUAUCAAAAAAGAGCUCAAGAUGGGCAGUCCUUCGGAUGUGCACACGCGCAAUGGGUGGCAGACCUUAUGCUGGGGUUACUAUGAUGAUUCCGAUGGAAACUAUGGCAAGCGUUGGCGCCGCAUUGAGUGUGGAGAAGUGGGGUUACACCAGGAAGGAGUCAUUGACGUUCAUGAGGCGUUGUUCGGAGAAUUGGAAAAACCUGCUGAAACCGACUCAGAGGCCAUGCUCGCAUAUCAUUGAUCGCUCGUAAGGGGCAUACGGCUGCUUCUUGCCGCUGUCAGUAUUUCUUAUGACGUUGCGUGUACUAAUGAUGAAAGUGAUAAAGGGCCACAUGAAUUAAUGCUUGAGGGGCUGAGCGACAAAUGGGUCGGACGGGGGAUACGGAAUGCAUGUGGCCUCCGACUUGCCAGAGAUGCAAAAGAAGAGCAGGAAGGUGCCAAGGAACGACGGGAAGAAGCAAAGGGUUACGACGACGACUCCGAGGACGACGACGAAGGGGAUUAUGACUCUGACUACGGCUUUUGAGGGUCAUGAAUGGGUAGGAGGUGAGUGUGAGGAGAUCGAGGAUGAUGUUCACUGGCCUGGAAAGUAGUUGCGUUCCAAAGAAUAACGAGUAUGUUAAUAACUAAUACUUGUGAUAUUAAUACGUUUACAGCUGGCACCCGUGUCAUGAUUCUUGAAGUAUUUUUCUUGUUCA